CCACUGUUUCUGUUCUGUGCCAGCCAGUACAUUUUUCUUUCCUUACCUGCAUCUGGAGAUACAGUUAGUAUCCAGAAAGCAUGGCUUUUGUAGCACCACCAGGCUACCAACCUAUCUAUAAUCCAUGCAUUCCAUAUGUAGGCCCUAUCAAUGGGGGUCUUAGAGCAGGAAUGUCGCUCUAUAUCCAGGGAAAGAUGGAACAUCAUAUUAGCAGGUUUCAUAUAAAUCUGAUGUGUGGUGAAUUUGAAGGAUGCGAUAUUGCUUUCCACUUCAACCCUCGUUUUGAGUUCUGGGACAAAGUGGUCUUCAACACUUUCCAGAACGGGGUAUGGGAAGGAGAGGAGAAAGUCCACCAGAUGCCGUUCCACAAGGGGAAGCAUUUCGAGUUGGUCAUUGUCGUCAAUUCAACGGGCUAUCAGGUGAAUGUGAAUGGGCAGGAGCUCUACCUCUUUCAGCACAGAUUGCCUGUGGAACGGGUGUGUGCCUUGGAGAUUGGAGGAGAUGUGUCCAUUGAUAGUAUCAACAUCAUCGGGGGCAUGCAAGGCAUGGGGGGAGGAUUUCCAGGCGGAAUGGGAGGAGGCAUGGGGGGAGGAUAUCCUGGAGGUGGAGCUGGUGGAUUUUAUCCUGAUGCUGGAAUGGGGGGCGGCUUUCCAGGAGGUGGAAUGGGUGGCAUGGGGGGAGGUUAUCCGGGACCUGGGUUUGGGGGAGGAGGAGGCAUGGAGUAUCCAGGAACAAAUCUGCCAGUCAUGGGAAUGCAGCCUGUCUUCAAUCCUGGGGUUCCUUAUUCAAACAUGAUCCCUGGUGGGAUGGUAUCCAGGAGGACCAUUAUCAUUAGAGGCAUGGUGCCAUAUGGAGCUGACAGGUUUUGCAUAAACUUUUUAGUUGGGGCUUCACGAGACAUAGCCUUUCACAUCAACCCUCGAAUUAGAGAGGGAGUGGUAGUCCGUAACAGCCUGAUUGGUGGUUGCUGGGGUGAAGAAGAAAUAGACGUUAACUUCAACCCCUUCCUGGAGGGACAGUACUUUGAGAUCUCCAUUCGCUGUGGUGAAGAGAAGUUUAAGGUGUAUGUAAAUGGGCAGCACAUGUGUAACUUCUUCCACCGUUUCCAGAAUUACAGUCAGAUCGACAUGUUGGAGCUGGAGGGAGACGUCCAGCUCUCGUACAUCCACUUCUGAGUCUGGCUCCACAAUGCAUCUCGCAUUGUUCGUGCUUUAGCCUUUAGGAACACCUGUGUAAUUAACAUUAGUAAAACGUGUUUUAUUAUACGCAAAUCAAUAAAUAAUGUGUUCUUAACAUG